UGCGAAAUGUAAAGACUCAUUCUGUGACAAGCUUCCAGCGAUAAUGGCGAAGUUACUGCUUUUCGUAGUUUUGGCUGCGCUCACCAUUGCUGUCAUCACAGGGGUGAGGUUCGGUGACAGUUGUCCCCCGAACUGUCGUGAGACCCAGUGCUCCUUUCUGGGAUGUUUGGACUGUGACCUGGGAUUCUGCCAUUAUUCCGAGGAAGGAACCGGUAAAUUCACGUGCGUCAAGAAGUGCCCUGCAGGAAUGUACUGUGAAAGUACCCACCGCCUCUGUGUUAACGACGAGUGAUGCAAACACCGGGUGUCAGAUUCAAGACAAGCCGAAGGAACCUCUGAACAUUUCAUUGUGCCUCUGACACUGGUUAUUAUUGACAGCUGAUCUGUAUAAAUGUUGGAUUAGAUCACGAAAUAAAUUGAUGCAUUGAA